GAAGCGACAAAGCCUUGCUCUACCCGUUCCUCCCCCAUUUGUCUUCCUCAUUGUUCCGAUUCAAUUGGCAGAAAAAGAAGUGAGUUACAAGUUUGAAACUUCGAAUAUUUUUCUUUUCAUUCCUUCGCUGGUUGAAAUUGAAGAUCUUGUUGUCAGGUUAUAGACAUCUUCAUCAUUCAACUUCAAUGGCAUCUGAUCCAUGGGUGAGGCAAUAUAAUGAAGCAUCAAAACUAGCGGAAGAAGUCAAGGGAAUGAUUUCUGCCAAGAGCGGACUUCCCCCUUCUGGACCUGAAACACAGCGUCAUCUAUCGGCAGCCCGGAGAAAAGUAACCAUACUGAGGACUAAAGUUGAAAUUCUGCAGUCACUUCUCACAACGCUUCCUGGCACGCAAUCAAUAACAGGAAAAGAAAUGAAUCGACGCCAAGACUUACUUACUAAUAUAAGUUCCAAAGCAAAUGAGAUGGCUGCUACCCUUAACAUGUCGGGUCUUGCUAAUAGAGAUGGCUUGCUAGGCCCUGAUAAAAAGUCUGAAGAAGUCAUGAAGAAAGCAGCUAGCUUGGACAACCAUGGCCUUGUUGGUUUUCAACGACAAAUUAUUAAAGAGCAAGAUGACGAGCUUGAAAAAUUGGAAGAGACAGUUACAAGCACCAAACACAUUGCGUUGGCUGUUAACGAGGAGCUUAACCUGCAUACUAGGCUUCUGGAUGAUUUGGAUGAGCAUGUGGAUACAACCAAUUCCCGCCUACAGAUGGCGCAGAGGAGGUUGGCCGUCUUGAGCAAGGGCACUAAAGGCGGCUGCUCUUGCAUGAUCCUGUUAGUCCUUGUUAUCGUAAUUAUGAUAAUUGUUGCAUGGGCAUUGGUUAAAUAUUUGUAGCACAUGCGAACUUGCAAUCACUUUUAUUCCCCUUCAGCAAUGAAGCGAUAGGUGCAUGUGUGAACUUCUGUUUGUUAUGCAGUUUCGGGAGUUACCAUACCAGCAAGGGGGAAAACUCAUUCAUGCUUAUAUAAAUUUAGGUUACUGUUUUCCAAUCAACUU